AUGCAGCAUGGUAGGGUAAUUGCUUAUGAUUUCUGGCAGCUAAAGGAUUAUGAGAAGAAUUACCCUACGCAUGACUUAGAGCUUGCUGCUGUGGUGUUUGCUAUGAAGUUGUGGCGGCAUUAUUUGUAUGGUGAGCACUGCGAGAUAUUUACAGAUCAUAAAAGUCUUAAGUAUCCGUUCACCCAGAAGGAGUUGAACCUGAGACAACGCCGGCGGUUGGAGUUAUUAAAGGAUUAUAAUAUCAGCAUUCAGUAUCACCCCAGUAAAGCGAAUGUGGUGGCAGAUGCGUCGAGCAGAAAAUCGGUGCAGAGUUUGAGCAUCUUGAUCACUCAGCAGAGACCAUUACUUGAGGAGUUGCAGCGACUGAGACUCGAGCUCACUCUGUUGGAUAGGAUCAGGGAGAAACAGAGUAGAGACUCUCAUUUGUUGAGGAUUCGGGAGCAGAUAGAGAGGGGACAGGUGGAGGCCUUUACUGUGAACAGUUCGGGAGUACUGCGGGACAUUGGCAAAUAUGUGGCUCAGUGUCUGACUUGCCAACAAGUGAAGGUAGAGCAUCGUGUACCUGCUGGCAAGCUUCAAAAUCUUCCAGUGCCCGAGUGA